AAAUUUAAUUUCAGGCACAUUUUGCGCUCAAGAUUCUCGAUUCACUUGCAAAUUACAUGUUUCGCAGUUACAUGGAAUACAUGUUCGAUACAGAAAAGCAAAUUUUCAGUGAUAAUUUUAAUGUUUAAAGCACGUUGGAGUCAUUUUCGCUCCACGCCAAUGAAACACAAAGCUUCACCAUCGUAAAUCCCCUCGAUAUCACUAUUCGCGAGAAUCAUAACGGGCAAAAAAAAACAAAAAUACAGCGAUAACAAAUGAUCAUCAUGACAGAACCGGUAGCGAUCGAAGUAACCCAUGACUCAGGGCCGCAUAGGUUCACACGAAAGCGCGUGUCUUCAGGCGACACAUUGCCAAUGACGCCGCCGAUCGCAGAACAAAACAAAACAAAACAAAAGAAGAAUCGUCAUCGUCAUUCGAGUGAUCCUCGCGGCUAGUCGCGAAUUGUCGACAGAAGCAGGGCGAUGUCUUCCGACUACUUCUAGUUGAACCGGUUUCCGCCAUAUGCGAAUCACUGCGGGCGCCAUUAAGUGCUGCUCAUCUUCCGCGGAACCUAAAAAGUCAGUCGAAGUCGCGAACUUGGUCCGUUCAGGUGUGGUCUUUUUGUUUCGGGGUGCAAAUGAUGGGGGACAAGCGGAUCUUCGUGGUGCUGUUGGUGCUGUUUGGGGCAGCUUUUGCAACGGAGGAGAAAUUCCUGUGCGGUAUCCCGCGGGUGAAAUCCCAGUUUUUGAUUGUACGAGGGGAGGACACACGGCACGGCCAUUGGCCGUGGCAUGUGGCCAUGUGGAUUAGGCAGAAGGAUGGCACCGAUAAGUACUCCUGCGGGGGCACUCUGAUUAGUCAGAAGUUUGUGCUGACGGCGGCUCACUGCUUGCUGAGCGAGGAUCGACAUCAGCUAUUCCGCAGUGCGAGGGACAUAACGGUGUGGGCGGGGGUGUUCGACUUGCAGAAUCCGGAACAGGACACGCAACAGGUGCGCGCGGUUGCGAAGAUUCACACCAGCUCGUACUCGAAAGAUAGUCUGUUGAACGACAUUGCGCUGUUGGAGCUGACGGAACCCGUGCAGUAUACAGGCCACGUGCUGCCGGCCUGUUUGAACGCGAAGGCUACUCUGAGGAACGACAUCGGAACGGUCGUUGGUUGGGGAGUGUCCGACGAUGAUAAACCGUCGCCUACUUUGAAGAAGCUCGCACUGCCCGUCGUUGCCGAGUCGGAGUGUGUGAAGAGUGACCCGACCAUUUUCGAGGGAACGCUCCACAAGGAACUGUUUUGCGCUGGCUUGGCGAAUGGGUCCGCCCCAUGCAAUGGGGACAGUGGGGGAGGUUUGAUGGUUCAGAGGGGGGAUGCGUGGUACGUCGCGGGUAUUGUGUCUUUCACGAAAAUUCGUCGCAGUGGGUCCAGCUAUUGCCUCGCCGAUUCGUACACUGCCUUCACCAACGUCAACGCCUACUGGGAUUGGAUUGAGAAAACCACGAAUAUCGAUUUCCGCGGCAGGUACAACGAAGAAAAGAAUAUUCCUUGCAGCACACCGCAAGGGACGCCGGGAACCUGUGUACCAAUCCAGCAGUGCAGGGAUAUUUUCAAUGCGAUCCGUGCACCUCUCAUCUCACAGCAAGACGCUACCUUCAUUAACCGUUCGAUUUGCAGCAUCGGUGGCGUUCCGCGGGCGGUUUGCUGCAAGCCGGAGCAGAUCGAACCGAUGCCUUUGCAUCGGAACGCUUUGCUGCUGCCCAGUGAAUGUGGUCGACCGAAAAUUCGCGGCGGUCCAGCGGCCGGCCAGAGCACUUCGGUUUUUGAGUUUCCCUGGAUGGCUAUGGUGCGCUUCCAAAUGCGCAAAAAUGGCGUGAUCCCGUUCUGUCUGGGAACACUGCUGAACACCCGCUAUGUGCUUUCGGUUACCGGAUGUAUGUCCAAACUCAAAUCGGUUCAAGUUGAUCAUGUGCGCUUGGGAGAGCACACGGAAGGUAAGGAAUAUGAUUGCAGCUUUGAUGAGAGGGGCCGCAGGAUAUGCGCUGACCGCGUGUUGGAUGUAAAGGUUGAACAAAUCAUUCGACAUCCCCAGUUUGAUGUGCCGAUGUACACGAAUGACCUCGCCAUCGUGCGCAUGGCGGCCGAUGUUCCCUAUUCAGAUCAUAUUCGGCCCAUUUGUCUGCCUCUGUACUCCCCUUAUAGGAACAGUGUUCCCAAAGAUCUCGUCAUCACAGCCUGGGAGAUGGAUCUGAUGAAGCAGAACAUCUACGAAGGCGAACUGCGACGGUAUCCCCAGGUUACCGUGGAUAUCGACACAUGCCAGCGGGCUCUGGAAUCGGUUGGGUUCACUCCUGCCCUCAACGAGGAUCGACUGUGCACGCUACAGCUUGGUCCGGAGUACAGCUGCCACCGGAUAGCGGGCGCCCCGAUAGGAGCAUAUGUCGACAUGGACGGCGAACGAUUCGUUCAGUUCGGACUGUGGAAAUUUGCCCCUCUCAAUUGUACCGUUCGGCAGACGGUUCCCGGUCUGGCAAUGAAUUUAGGGCGCUAUUUGGACUGGAUCCUCGACAGCAUUAAACCAUCGGAUUUAAGCUUAAUUAGGGGGUGAUAAGAGAAAUAUAAAAGUCGCAAAUAGAUGAAA